AUGGCAGUGAGCACCUACACGAUUCUGGAAGGUCAUCUACCUGUUAUACGAAUCCUCCAACUGCUUCCCAGCCGCGCUGGGGCCGGCGACGACGACGAGCUACAGUGUAGUCUCGAGGUGACUACCCUUGACGAAGCCCUUCCUUACAUAGCCUUGUCGUAUGUCUGGGAGAACUACCAUCACGGUGGUAUUGAAGGACUCAUUCCGGCAUUCCCUCAGGGAGACGUCCUCCUACGUUGCAACGGGGAACUUGUGAAAAUUGGCGCGAACUUGAGCUCGGCGCUGCGACGGCUCCGAGAUAAGACAAGUGUUGUCCGGGUGUGGGUCGAUUCGCUAUGCAUAAACCAGCGGAAUGUUAGGGAGCGUACCCAUCAAGUCGGUCUGAUGCCCGUGGAGCAGAAGCCUCCUGCCACAUUACCGCCACUGGCUUCCUGGGUGGUAGAUUGGACCGUACCACCUAUGUUGGCGGAAAACGAGCGCCUCAGCCACUUCGAGCUCUUUGACGCCUCAUCGAAUCUGACAGGCUUGGUCCAACUUCAUGGGACCUCAAUGCUGUCGAUAUUGGAGGUUCAAGGUUUCGUUGUUGAUGAGAUUCGUUCUGUUGGUGAGGCCAUGCCAACCAGUGGCUUCAAUCGGAUCCGAGCUUCCGUCCGCCGAUGGCUCGGGGUGGCGUUCACGGCUCAUGACCAGGCUAGGACGCAUACACAGCUCAUGAGAGGUGACUUCUCCAAAGGCAGUCAGCUGGAAACCUUCGCCAUGGUACUCUGUGGCGGCCUGGUCUACAGAGGGAUUUCGAAUCAGCCAGAUGAAGGUAAAGCCAAAGGUGGAUAUCGCAGAAUCGACAACGACGACUUCAAAGCCUUCCGGGAUUGGUCACACCCCGACCGGUAUCAAAAUCGGCGAACAACGGUCGUGGAGGGGGUUUUCCAGGGUUGGACAGACAUCGAGGCCAAUCAAAGGGCAAACUCGCUGCAAUUCGCCAUUGAGACUUCCUCGUGUGGGCGAGCCUUCUUCACCAGCAAGAAAGGUUACAUGGGCGUCGGUCCAGCGAGUGUGCGCAGCGGCGAUCUUGUGUGUGUCGUCUUGGGCUGUCGGGUGCCGCUGAUCCUGCGACGGAGGAGAGCUGGAGCAGUAACUUGUCAGCGCGAGAAGCUGAGAGUGCUGGUACGGAAUCCUGACGGUAGUAGCAAAAGCGACAAAGAGUGUUCGCAACGUCACCAGCACGUCUUUGAGGUGAUUGGGGACGCGUACGUUCAUGGUAUCAUGGACGGUGAGAUCGUUCGAGGCGCUGAAGACCGCUGCGAGUUGCCUUCUUCGCUGUUGCUGGUGUGA